AUGGGAAACUCUGCCCCCCUCCCCAGAUUUCUCAGCACUACAGCAAACCCCGCGUUACCCCAAUGGAAGUCAUGCCGGUCUUUCCUGACUUCAAGAUGUGGAUCAACCCCUGUGCUCAGGUCAUUUUUGACUCUGAUCCAGCGCCCAAGGACACCAGCGGGGCAGCAGCUCUGGAUAUGAUGUCACAAGCCAUGAUUAGGGGCAUGAUGGACGAAGAGGGCAACCAGUUCGUGGCCUAUUUCCUCCCCGUGGACGACACGAUGCGGAAGCGGAAGCGGGACCAAGAAGAGGAGAUGGAUUACGCACCCGAGGAAGUGUACGAGUAUAAAAUUGCCCGGGAAUACAACUGGAACGUUAAGAACAAAGCCAGCAAGGGCUACGAGGAGAAUUAUUUCUUCAUCUUCCGGGAAGGCGACGGGGUCUAUUACAACGAACUGGAAACCAGAGUGCGGCUCAGCAAGCGGCGAGCCAAGGCCGGCGUCCAGUCAGGCACCAACGCGGUGCUGGUGGUGAAACACAGGGACAUGAACGAGAAGGAGCUGGAGGCACAGGAAGCCCGCAAAGCGCAGCUGGAGAACCACGAACCCGAGGAGGAGGAAGAGGAGGAGAUGGACUUGGGCAAGGAGGCCCAAGGCUCAGACGAAGAGCCGGAGAAAGGCAGUGAGAGCGAGAAGGAGGCCAGCGAAGCCGAGGAGGAGGAGGAGGAGGAAGAGGAGGAGGAGGAAGAAGAGGAGGAGGAGGAGGAAGUCCGCUCCCCCAGCGAGGGCGUCCCGGCCGAGGAGAGCGAGGAGGACGAGCGGGCUGCGCGAGACAAAGAGGAGAUCUUCGGCAGCGACGAUGAUGAGGAAGACUCUGAGCCGGAGGGCGACCGGCCGGAGGCGGACGAGGAGAGCGGCAGCGAGGAGGAGGAGGAGGAGGAGGAGGAGGAGGAAGACCGGGGCAGCCGGCAGCAGCAGCAGCAGCAGCAGCACCGGGGCAGCCACAGCCCCUUCUUCAGCGGCAGCGACCACUCCAACCAAGAGGAAGAGGAGGAGGAGGAGGAGGAAGGGGAGGCCAGUCCCAGCGACGCCCCUUCGGAGUCGAGCAGCGAGAGCAGCGACAGUGACUGAGCAGCCACGGAGGCCGUCGGGUGGGCCUGGGACUGUCGGAAGAGGCGGGGGGGGCCUUGGUUCGCCCGGCCCCUUUGGGUGCCAGCUCUGCCCUCCCCGGCCACAGGGGGCUCUGGGCUGGGCAGUUGCCCUUCUGGGGGAACCGCGCGCUUCAGCCCUGGGCGUCCCCUGCUGUACAUAGAAGCCUUUUCUGUUGCAAUAAAAUGUGU